ACGAGCACAAUGGUCAACGGGCGAGACUGAGCGGCAGACAGAUGCGCGCUGCGCAUACUUACCUAAGGCUAUUUCACAUGGCAUCCUCAAACUUUAAAACAUCUCGAUUUUGACUCUGCUCGUGUGAUUUUUCGAGCCACGCAUCAUGCUCUCGGUACCAGCACCUGCUUUUUGGUGAGUGUGAGUCCAGGCUUAAUGCAGCGGUGCAUGUUUUUUUGGGGAGGGGAGAUGGGCAGGUGAUGAGAGAUCCUGUUGAAUAAAGACCCAGCGGCGAGCCGUGGCCAAAACUGUCAUCCCUCGAAUGCGAUCACACCUGAAUGUAGAGGUGUCAUGCUUUGCGUUUGGAUACGUCGAGGAAUAUGUGGAUUCUCAAAGCAAGAGGGAUUUUUUGACAAACCUGGGAUUUACGUCCUCACCCAUCUCUAGCUUUUUACAUGAAGGGUGGAAGCUACGAAGACAUAACCUUAUUUUUUCCCCAUCUGUUGCUGGUGUCAAACGGGUUCAGUGAUUCAUUCAGUCAGGGUAGCCAGUGAAGGGGCAGAGGACGGAACAAUCCUGCACCCCACCCCUCCCUCGUAGCGGAGAUGGGAAUCGGUGAAUUCAUAGGUGCUGAAAGUCUCUACGGCGACUGAGCACCCCGCAUAACGGACAGAUCUGCUUUCCCCUCUUGUAUCCAGUUACCUUAUGGAUGCGCGUAACAGAAAUACGCGCCAGCUAAUCACAUGGACUCUUGUGCACAUUUCACUAAUGAUGUCACCAGAAACAGGUUAUUUCACUACAGUUGUAAAGUCCAAUUAUUAUAAGCAAAAGUGCAUUUAAGGACCAUACAAACUACGCCUGAACACGUAUUGCAUACUGUGAGGCGGUGGAUCACUAACCGCGCCAGUCAAGUGCAUUUAUGAAGUUUCACGUGUUGACAAUUUCUCGUGUUUAGCCUUAUUCUUCAUCCAGUUGCUGAGAUUUUGCUGCUCCAUCAUUUUGAAACGUUUCAUAGUUUGCAAAGAUGGAAUUUGCAAUGGUGGGCGCGGACAGCGGGGGUUGCAACACCCACCUGCCCUACGGAUAUGCCCAUGCUCGUGCCAGAGAGAGAGAGCGCGAGAGGGAAAGACAGUCUCGCGCAGCGGCGGCGUCAGCCGAAGCCGUAUCGGUUGGAGAGGGAGGUGGGUCCUUCAGCCAUCCCCACAACCACCCGCAUCAGAGUCGUACCGCCUCUUCAACGAAUGCCAACAACAGUAGCGCCGGGACCGCCUCGCGCCCCUCCUCCUCCUCCCAACAGCCGCAACAGCAGCAACACCACGAGCCACAACUGCAACUUCUCAGAGAGCGAAAAAAGGAAAGAGGAGUCGCGCGCUGGAGACGGAACCGCGCGGCACUCGGCGGGGAUCUACGCCAGUCCGAGUUGGCGCUCCUAGGGUCUGAGGAGGACAUCAUGAUAGAGGAGGACGAGGCAGAGGGCGAGGAGGAAGAGGAGGAGGACAGGGGGAGCAAGAGAUCGAGUUUUGUCUAUACCAUGGAUGAUGAAGAGGAGACGGUUUCUUUAACAGACAGACGUCCUCAGUCAGGGUACGAAAAUGUUUACAAUGAGUACGGCUGCUGCGAGAGAGUUGUCAUCAACGUGUCGGGCUUGAAGUUUGAAACUCAGCUGAAGACGCUCGCACAGUUCCCGGACACUCUGCUUGGGGACCCUGAGAAACGAAUCAGGUACUUCGACCCUCUGCGUAACGAGUACUUUUUUGAUAGGAACCGACCAAGCUUCGACGCCAUUCUAUACUUUUAUCAGUCAGGGGGACGAUUAAAGAGACCCGCAAAUGUACCGUUUGACAUCUUUUCUGAGGAGGUGAAGUUUUAUGAACUCGGGGAAGAGGCAAUGCUCAAGUUCCGCGAGGAUGAGGGCUUCGUGAAGGAGGAGGAGAAGCCGCUACCCGAGGACGAGUUCAAACGUCAGAUUUGGCUCUUGUUCGAGUAUCCAGAGAGUUCAAGUCCAGCCAGAGGGAUUGCGGUCGUGUCAGUGUUGGUUAUCGUCAUAUCCAUCGUUAUUUUUUGUUUGGAAACAUUGCCAGAAUUCAGGGAUGACAAAGAAUUCCGUAGCCCAGGUAAAAAUUCCACGCACCCAGACAAUGGAUUUACGCCAUUUAACGACCCAUUUUUCAUCGUUGAGACAGUGUGCAUCAUUUGGUUCUCGUUUGAGAUCAUUGUCCGUUUUUUCGCUAGCCCCAGCAAACCUGAUUUCUUCAAAAACGUUAUGAACUCCAUAGACAUCGUCUCUAUUUUGCCUUACUUCAUAACUCUCGGCACAGACCUCGCUCAACAACAAGGCAAUGGGCAACAUACAAUGAGUUUUGCGAUCCUGAGAAUAAUACGACUUGUCAGGGUGUUCAGGAUCUUCAAGCUGUCACGACACUCUAAAGGUCUCCAAAUUCUCGGACACACUUUACGCGCAAGCAUGCGGGAAUUGGCGCUGCUCAUUUUCUUCCUUGUUAUCGGUGUCAUUCUGUUCUCUAGCGCUGUGUACUUUGCUGAGGCUGAUGAACCCUCGUCACAGUUCACGAGCAUCCCGGACGCUUUUUGGUGGGCUGUUGUGACCAUGACCACGGUGGGUUACGGGGACAUGAAGCCUAUAACAGUCGGGGGCAAAAUAGUGGGCUCGUUGUGCGCUAUAGCAGGUGUCCUGACCAUUGCGCUUCCAGUCCCCGUCAUUGUGUCCAACUUCAAUUACUUUUACCACCGAGAGACUGAUAACGAGGAUCAAACACCCGUUGUUGAACAACCUCCACCGGGUUGUCCGUACUUUCCGGAUUUUCUGAGAAAAUUCAAAGGGUCCCCGUCGGGGUCGUCUUUGGGUGACAAAGCUGCUGAGUAUAUGGAGAUGGAGGAAGGCGUCACAGAAUCCCUUUGCGGUGCUGACACGCAGAGCCCGAGUAGAGGGAACGGUACUGACAUAAGCGGAAAAAACAGUUCACAAUCACGAACCCUACAGACAGAUGUAUGAUUCACAUUAUUGAGAGGUUUUCAUCAAGAAGACUGCACAAAUAAAUCAGUUAACAGCACACAUGCACGCACGGUUGCGCGCUCGCAACUUGAAGACAUAAGCGCGUGCGCAAACGCACAGAGAAGCUAACAUAAUCAUUACGUUAUGGACCUCAAGCUGAAACAUUUUUGCAAUGUGGCUACUUUUGUAGAAAGACGACGUACCCUGUAAUCCAGUGACAGCCAACGCAAAAAUCACCAGCUUUAUGUGACGUGGAAAGGUCUUUAUCUGCCCACCUGUUCUGUUGACAGAACUGAACACCUACCGGUUCAUUAAAGGAAGGCAACAAAAAGGAAUUUGCAUAGGCACUUUAUGAGUUACAUUUGUCAGUAAUUGUAGGAAAAAGAGAGUUCUUAUCUAAUGCUAUUAUGCAAUAACGUUCAAAUCGUUUGCACUAUCAGUUAUGUUAUAGUCUCCUAGUUUAACGCAGAAGAAAGUGGAGGCUGAGAGGGAGUACAUUAAUUAAAGUAUAUUAAUAAUUCGAAAUAAUAUUACAUAUACGCUUCACUGUUAAGGACAAAACAAUUUAGUGCAAUGUAGUUUCCCAUAAUAAUGAAUUAUUCUUCUAACGUAGGCUACUAUUUUAAUAAUUAAUUGGAGAGCUGAGCAGCACGCAUGACAACUUAAUACAAUAUUAUCCUAAAUCAAAUUUUGGCAAAUAUGUCAGCAUGCCAGUAUUUAGUAUGUACUACACUCUGGUCAAACCUUUUUAGGCAACCCCCUGUAUGCAUAUGGUGGCUGCAGAGUCAUUUUGAUCAGUCCCUUUGAGAGUAUUGGGUAACAAAACAAUCAUCUUAGUUUUUUUUGUGAAACAUUACUCUGCAUUAUUUCCUUCGUUAGUAAGACGUUACAAUAUGGUUGGCCGAGGCCAAAAUUCCGGUUUUACAUCUCAAAGUCAACGACACCAGGCUUGAAGGAUCAGUUUGGCCAGGUUACUGUUAUGGGGAGUAUACUUCAAGGGAAUGCUUCAUGCAACUAUUUCUUCGUCCCUUUACCAAUUGACAGUGCAUUCCUUUAUUAAAAAAUGCUGACGGAAAUGUACAGUCAAGCAACACCGAAGGGAACUUAAACUCGACUCCAACAGAUCAGUGGAUUUCAUGCACAAGAGUACCUGCUUUCCUCAACGAAUCCAUGGUCUCCUGGAGUGCGCGAUGACCACUGAGCAUGCGCAGUACAGUGUACAAGCCAAGUGUUGCGAGUCUUGCCAGCGAGAGACUUUUCCGUCAGCCUUUGGACUCCUUCAGUAGCCUACAGAGAUGAAUGGCCAUGACUACCAGUCAGUGGACAGUGUUGACACUGGUGUCAUCGAAGCCACCGCUGGACAUCAGAUGAGAGCAGAAACUGCAGCCUCUCCAACGAGCAGUAAGACAGGAAGUCCAUCAUCAAGCCAGGUGUCAAACUGUUUAAGACCCGCCCCAACAAAUGCCUUAAAGACACAGUACACUACAUCUCCAUGUAGAGGAACCUGCAGCAGGAGACUUCUUAAAUAGCUUGACAGGUUUUCGUUUUCUUCUUUAAGAGUGAUCUGUGUCUUGCAAGAACAGAUGUGAAUAUUUUCUUAUUAUAGAGAAAUAUUUGUUUGGGUGUAAUAUUGCUACUUGCUUCUAUUGGGUAGGUCUGGUAAAAGGUGUUAAAUAUAAGUGAAGGGAACAUUUCUCCAUGGCAGCCUCUUCCAUUUAGUUUGCUCUCCUUUCAUUUCCUAAACCAAAAGACUGCCAGCUGGAAUGAAGAAAUUCAGCGGCAGUGUUUAAUGAUGUCAGUCUGGACGCCCUCCAGGGUCACACAUUUACAGUUUGAAUGCAGGGUCACAUUACAUUCCCUUCAUUGGUUUCGCAGGACCGCAAUCAUUUGAUAAUUUACAAUCAUCUGCUUUUAGAUGAAAGUAGCUUGUUAUCAAAAUCCUAUAUUUUUGAAAAACCGGAAUUGCGCUUGGUGGCUUUUGUGGCUCCAAGUUGCAGCUGUAUGACACAGUAGAGGGGUAGAGUUGUGACUACCAUCAGGUUUGGUGGACAGCUGGUUGAUGCGAGUCGGUGCAUCACUGGACUGAUGCCCAGUGCUCAGAUGGUGAAGCGAAUGUGCUCCUCUAAGCAGUCUGCAUCCACUUUAAAUAUCAGUAACGUCCCAUUUAGACCAACAUCUACAGUUGGAUUGAUAAAUAUUGCUAAUCAUUUCAGUGCAAUACCAAUAACAAAAAGCACCGAUGCACUUCUAAAGAGUAUUGCAAUGCUAACUGGGAAUUUUGUUAGUGCAAUUCAAUUCCCCUCUUUUGCAAUCCCCUCUAUAAAUAGUGGCCUCAAACAGAAGACUGCAAAUUACAGAGCACCACACCGACAGCUUGACAAUAAAGCCACAUAUAAACAGAUCUACGAGAUCGUCUCAUAUUCCCGGUGAACUAAUACUCUUACUGUCGUGAGACAAAAACACAAAGAUGUACUCCCUCGGAAAAUGACUGCCCCACAAUACUUCUGUCCCUCGUUUUACCUCCCACUCCUGUUUCUUUUUUUUUUCUCUGACUCACUGGCUUUUUCUUUUCUUCCCUGCCUAUCUGACAUGCAACCAAGCAUGCAGACUUGAGCUUAUGCACACAAUUCUAUUCUCUAACUCUCUCUCUAUGUCUGUUUGUUUGUCUGACUGUCCGUAUGUCUAUCUUGUCCUUGUAUCUGUCUCUGAAUAGACAUGUCAGAAUUUUAUUUAAGGAUAAAAGAUUUGUGGUCUAGAAUAUAAACAUGAACAAUUUAUAGAAUGAACCAGCUGCUUUGUUGUCAUGGAAAUACAUUCAAGUAAUCUGUAUGCAAAGUUAUAUGGAAGUGUACUAUCUAUUUUUUUAAAACUAGCCUUGAAUAUUAUAUAACCAAAGUUGAACCCUGAAAGUCUAUGUUUUAUGUUUGGACCUCUUUAUUUCCUUACAAAAUUUAGACCUGGUAAAAAUAGAUGCACAUGAAACACAACAUAUGUACAUAAUCAGAUGUCUAUUUUAUUGUGUCCUCCAGGUCGCACAUCAUUUUAAGCAGAUCUACUUUUUGACUGUUAGCCUUCUCAAGUCCCCAUCUCUGUUUUUUCUCUUGUUCUUAUGAUUCCCGAUGGUUGUGAACGCUGAUCCUGCCAGUUGCAGACUCUCCUCUCUUUGUUAGCGUGCGUUAGUUAGUCGAUCAGCCUCUGUAGCGGAGGACAACUUGCUAAGUACUGAAGCCAAGAUCAUCAGGUGGAUGGACACCAUGAAGCAUCGUAACACAGAGCAUCGUGUCAUGUCACAUGUCGCAGAUCCGUGUGUAAAUAUGCGAUAUGAUGUCACGAUGACACGUUGCUCUGUGCUUGAUACAGUGGAUCGGAAUGGUUUACAUUCAAGAACAAAAGAAUUCCUUAAAAUCCACAGUGCGAUGCGCAUGGCUCUUUCAUUUAUACACCGAGUCAACAGCCAAGAAUUAUCAGCCAACCGUGAGGAGACUUUGUUACCAUGGAGAUGCUCUGCCAGUGCUGACUGGUCAGGGUUUGGAGGAAGAGAGGAAGCUUUGCCCUGUGAAAGAGAUAAACAUAUCAGCACGUCCUCUCAUUGAUUUAAUCAAUUGAUUACUUUCUCGCAUUUGCUUUCAUAUCGCAGGCCUGUUCGGUUUGCUAAACUGAUGUUGUUUAAUUUACGCAGGAAAGCAUAAUGCAAUGAAGAAAUCGAAAUCUCGCUUGAUAGAUGCUGUACGGCUGGAAACGGUCGGAAUCCCAGCCACUUCUCAAAUCUAUGGGAAUAUAGCAACCAUACAGUACACGGAGAAUAAUCUUAGUAUAUCAGUGUGAUAUUUGAUGUACUGUUUAAACAAACAAACAAACAAAAAUCGUGACUUCACUUACAGCAUGGAAAAUAUCGUACUUUGGUAGAAGUGACUACAGUCAGCUCAUUGGUAAUGGAUUUCAAUGAGCAUAGAUAAAUCUUUUAGAAUCAUAAUUAGGCAUUUUUCACUUUUGUAAAGUGUUGUAAUGGAUAGAGUUACCAGUGUAACACUUGGCUGCUCACCCUUGUCACCGUACAGUAAUGAAACCGCGGGAGAACAUUGAUGACUGAGAAAGAUCUCAUAUAGUUACCAGAUCACUUUACGUAUUCUGUCAGUCAUACAUCACUUUAUCCUCUCACUUACAGGUCGCUGAAUAAAACAAUUACACACAUUUACUAACCAUUUCUGCCAAUUAAGAAGGUCUGCUUCAGAAGGUCCGUUGAUGAGAGGUCCGUUUGGUGUAUGUUGGGCUCAGCUCCAAAAAAUAGGCGGAGAGUGAUGGGCUCGGUGAGUCUUAUGAUAAACAAUCGGAACGGCAGGAAAGUGUAUAGAAACCUCCCCUUCACAGAAGUAAAUAAAUAACCAGAUGUUCCUCAAUUCAUGUAAGUUUUGGACGGGCUUGCCCUUUUCCUUCUGCAUGAUGCUUUAGUUUUGAAAACUUGCAUCCUGAUUGAAUAUGUGUUUGUGUUAUUUAUUACUUUUGUAUAUUGGAGACCCUGUAUCAUUUUGUUUUUUUAAGGGGUUAAUUCAUCAACCUUCUGGAUUUUUCUACAUGCAUAUCAUUUUGUAGGCAGCAAUAUGAUGUGAUGGAAAUGUGCAAUGUUGAAAAUAAAAAAAAUAAAAUAAAAAAAUACAGAAAAUAUAAUAUAUUCAAUAAAAAACAAAGAAGGCCAUUUUUAUCUUUCUACUCUGUGUGCAUUUUUGAAUGAAUCAUGAUC